AUGCCACUCAAACUAUUUCACACUUACUCAAGACUGCUACGAUUUGUUGACCGUGAGUCAAGACCCACAAGAUGUGUGACAGACAAACUAGCAGCCAUAAGAGGGGUCUGGGACAAGUGGGUGGAGCGGCUGCCAGUCCUUUACAACCCAGGGCCUGACGUGACAGUGGAUGAGCAACUGGUUCCAUUCAGAGGCCGUUGUCCAUUCCGGCAGAACAUGCCCAGCAAGCCAGCAAAAUAUGGGAUCAAGUCAUGGGUGGCCUGCGACGCCAAUUCCAGCUACGCUUGGAAGAUGCAAGUCUACACCGGGAAGCCGACCAGUGGAGGCCCAGAGAAGAACCAGGGGAUGCGGGUUGUGCUUGAUGGGACUGAGGGGUCUGAGCUCCCACCUGCACUGCUUGUGUCAAAGGAAAGAGAGUUCUUCUCAUCAAGGUUUGCUUUCACGCCCACCACCACUCUAGUUUCCUACCUCCCAAAGAAAAACAAGCAUGUGUUACUUCUGAGCACACUGCACACAGAGGCUGAAAUUAGCGAUCGCCAGGACAGGAGGCCAGCCAUCAUCCUAGACUACAACUGCAACAAAGGAGGUGUGGACAACCUAGUGAUUGGAAUGUACAGCUGCAGAAGGAUGACUGCCCGCUGGCCCCUGGUCAUCAUCCACAACAUCAUUGAUGUUUCCUCCUACAAUACCUUUGUCAUAUGGAGAGAUCAACCCUAG